UAAUCAAACCUUAAGAUCCGAAACGCGCAGGCUGUAAUUAAAACCCGAAAAAGCCCGGCAAACACUGUUUCACUCUUCCUCUUCUUCCUUCCUAUAAACAACCUCUUCACUUUUCUCCAUUCUUCACACACCGCCACCUUCUUCUGCAGCACCAGACCCACAAUGGGCAACCUCUUCUGCCUUCGCAUUGUUGCAGCACUUGUUUUUAGCUUCUGGGUUGAUGCCUUUUCAGCCUACCAUUAUCACCACUUCAAUGUAACCGACUUCUCUUUAAUGGAGCCUCAAGAGCAAGCUUCCUCCUCCCUCUUUGCCAGGACUCCUCUCAUGGUGGCUCUCACCCUUAUUCAAGCUGCUGCUGCCAAAGGAGCAGUUUGCUUAGAUGGAACAUUGCCUGGCUAUCAUUUGCAUCGAGGGUAUGGAUCAGGAGCAAACAGCUGGCUUGUUAAUUUAGAGGGAGGUGGGUGGUGUAAUGACGUUAGAACGUGUGUUUAUCGCAAGAAAACACGGCGUGGGUCAUCAACAUUCAUGGAAAAACAGAUACCUUUCACGGGAAUAUUAAGCAAUAAUGCUGAAGAUAAUCCAGAUUUUUUCAACUGGAACAGAGUGAAAAUUCGUUAUUGUGAUGGUGCCUCUUUUGCUGGGGAUGCUGAAGAUAAGGCUGCGCAACUGCAAUUUAGAGGACAACGUAUUUGGUUGGCUGCAAUUGAUGAUUUGAUAUCAAAGGGAAUGCGUUUUGCGAAGCAGGCUCUUCUUUCUGGAUGCUCUGCUGGUGGUCUAGCUACUAUUAUACACUGUGAUGAAUUCCGAGGUUUUUUCCCACAGACUACCAAAGUGAAGUGUCUCAGUGAUGCUGGGUUAUUUCUUGAUUCGAUGGAUGUGUCUAGGGGACGUACCCUAAGGAAUUUUUUCAGUGGUGUUGUAGGGAUGCAGGGAGUGCAGAAGAAUCUUCCGCGCUUUUGUACUAAUCACCUUGAUGCCACUUCGUGUUUCUUCCCUCAGAACUUGAUUGCCGGUAUUAGAACCCCGCUAUUCAUUCUUAAUACUGCCUAUGAUUCAUGGCAGAUCCAAUCAAGCUUAGCUCCUUCAUCCGCAGAUCCCCAUGGCUUUUGGCAUGAUUGUAGAUUAAAUCAUGCUAAAUGUACUACUUCACAAAUCCAAUUUUUGCAAGGAUUCAGGAAUCAAAUGCUGAAUGCUAUUAGAGGCUUCUCAAGAUCACGUCAGAAUGGAUUGUUCAUAAAUUCAUGUUUUGCUCACUGCCAAUCUGAGAGGCAGGAUACAUGGUUUGCUGACAAUUCUCCUGUCCUUGGAAACAAGGCAAUUGCUCUGGCUGUUGGAGACUGGUAUUUCGACCGGGCAGUUGUUAAGGCCAUUGAUUGUCCUUACCCUUGUGACAAUACAUGUCACCAUCUUGUCUUCAGAUGAGCUGAAUUUCAUCAAUAGUCACAAUUUCCCUCAUCUCAUUCAUUUGGGUCUGUUAUUACAUGCGAUUCGGAAACAUGCUAUUCAAUUAGGAGGAAUGCUAGUAAUGCUGACACAUUUUUUUUAACAUAUUUUAUUAUUAGGUGAAAUUCAUGCAAGACUUACUAAAUUAUGCAGGUCUUAUCCCAUCUUUGUUGGGACUAUGAAAUUCACCAAAUAAUAGUGUGUUAAGAAGAAUACGUUAGAAAGUGAGCAUUUCUUGUUUAGUUUAUUAUCAAAGACAAUAAAAGAAAGUGGUUGCUUGAAGCGGAAAUGUAAUAAGCCUUUUCCAUUAUUUAGUAUUUGAUGGGGGUAGUUUUCAUGUAUAGGAUAAUUACUUGGGAAUGCUAAGGCAAAUGCCUUUAGUUUUGUUACAAAGAUUGGGAGAGGCAAGGGACUGUUAGAAUGAAUACUAUAUACUGUAUUAGUGUAAGCAUUGGAAUUGGUUAGAAUGAGAUAAUCUCAAUCUCAUAUUUGAUAUUUUUUCCUAUCAGUUUGGAAUGAAAAGUUGGUCAUUAUUUACACCCCGGUGGGUUCA